AUGCAGGCUCUCUUCGUCAAAUCCAGUUUGGAUGGCGCUCCGAAGCUUGACAUUAUCAGCGAACAUAAUGACAUCACAAUUCAGUUCAUUGUUCCAGUCGUUGACGUAUAUAAUCAACAAGGUAGGGCCAAGGACGUAGCCCCGAGGAACAUCGAUUCCAACCUAUACCUCCGCCGACCGCCUGUUACCGACGAGGACAGUUUGAGAGAAACCGAUGAAGAAGCUUUGAAUCCACCUCAGGAGAUUACGCCUGAGGUACACUAUCGAAUGAUUUCUUAG